AUGAACGGCGGCCCGUCUGGUUUCAACAAUGCGCCGGUGACAAGAACAGUAGUAAUAGCAAGUGUCCUCUUCACCGUUCUCUUUGGGAUCCGAGGUCGCUCUAGUAAGCUCGGUUGGUCUUAUCAGGAUAUUUUCAAGAAAUUACAAAUAUGGAAGCUGAUAGUGUCGGUUUUUGCCUUUUCAUCUACACCGGAACUUGUUAUCGGAAUUUAUCUGUUGUACUUCUUUCGUGUAUUCGAGAGGCAAAUAGGUUCUAACAAAUACUCUGUCUUUAUCUUCUUUUCUGUCAUUGUCUCGUUACUGCUUGAAGUCCUUGUACUCAAACUCCUUAGAGAUCCCUCUAUGACGAUAAUGACAUCAGGACCCUAUGGUCUUAUAUUUUCAUCGUUUGUACCCUUCUAUUUUGACAUUCCAGUUUCAACACAAUUUCGUGUGCUUGGAUUUCAGUUCUCGAACAAGACUUUUACCUAUUUAGCCGGCCUUCAGCUUCUUUUGUCAUCCUGGAAAAGAUCUUUGUUACCAGGGAUCUGCGGUAUACUUGCGGGUUUACUGCACCGCUUAAACGUCUUUCAUAUCCGCAGGCUGAAGUUUCCAAAUUUCAUUGCUUCAUUCUUCUCACGGCUUUCUUGGCCUUCCAUGGGGAGUGCAUCACCAACAGAACAGGGUAGGAAUGUUGUGGGAAAUGCUCCAACAUCUGCAGCUCUACAAGUGGAGGGAAUCCAUCCUGCUCGAUUGUCAUCCACAGUCAAUCCGCCUGAGGACUCCAUUGCCACACUGGUUUCAAUGGGUUUCGACAGAAACUCAGCGAGACAAGCUCUCAUUCGCGCCAGAAAUGAUAUUAAUGCUGCUACUAACAUUCUGCUCGAGUCACAGACACACUGA